CGUGUCCUCGUCUUCUACUCCUCCUUCAAUACCUCGUACUACUAUUGAAGAUGUAGGCAUGGUGGUUGUUUAGGCAUCCACAUGCAUCCAUGAGCCGCUGCAUCUUCUCCGCAUUUUCCAGGCCGCAUCGCCGUGGAUCAUCGCGAAACUUUUUUCCCUCAUUUACCUGACGCGUCUCAAAUCCUUCGCGCAUUUGCCGUCUUUCCCCCAUGCUGUCAUGAUGGUCAAGCUACGAGUGGCAGUUAGAGUCAUUUCCGAGGAUGAUUACUUGCAAAAUGUGGAAAGACCAGCCCACGGUCCGAUCAAAGGUGAGAAGCGAUUGCUGGUCAUCGUCCGAGAGCCACACCGAUGGCAGAUUGGUGCGUUGGCCCUCGAGGUGCAGAGAGCGUACAAGAGCUGUUACCAGCACGACUUGCCUACGAUCAAAUAUCUCAAGGACGACGAGGAUGAUUGCGACCUAGAUCCUCAACUAUACGUCUCAGAUCUCCUCGUUGAUGAAGGCAAAGCUGCAAGAGAUGGAGCUGAUCAGAAAGCUACGAUAAAGGUCAUACUUGAGCAGGGUCGAGCCAUAAGAGAAGGGUCUAUUGCAAUAGGCAGUCAGCUGGACAACCCUCGAUAUCAAGGGCAACUUCAGAAGUCUUCUCGACCGCCCGUGCCUACUUUCCCAGGAAUUGCUUCUUCACUCGGCAAGCGCUCCUUGCCCACCGAGGAUGAUCCUGUGGUCGCGAAUGGGACAAAGAGACCGAGACAAAUCGAAAUACCAGAAACACAGCGAGAGGAGACCCUGAUUUCGUCUAUUGAACGAGAUGGGUCUCCCGAGCUUGUCCAGAACACACAGAGUACGGAUGAUGGACAUGACCAUGUUUCAAUUACGCACCCGAAGAUUGAGUCGCCCGAGCAGCCGAGGCACAUCCAAAAUAUCCCGUCGACAACGCUCGAUGAACUAGAAGAGCUGCCCGGACAGCCUCACAACUUCCAGCUGGUUUAUGGCGGGCGACGCGACUCAGUCAAUCAACGAGCCAGCUUAGGGCCUCAACAGAACGGCGCCUUGCAUUCGCUGCAGGAGCCGUUCAGGCCGCCGCCAGUGCAGUCUCAAACACCAAUGACGCCUCCAACAGACGUUCCCGUGAGACGAUCGAGCUCAUCCAGACUACAAUCGCGGAGCAAUUCUUCUGCUCAGCAAUCUACCUCGGCGAGCAAAUUCAAGCGACCUAAUAUCUACGACUUCCCUGCAUCGGAUAUCGACGAUUCCCAAAUGUCGCCUCGCUCGAGACAGACACGACUUGGCCCAUCAAGGUCAAACGACCGUUUGUCCAAAAUUGAACGCCUGGGUUCUACAGAUGUUGACGACGAUGAGGCUGAACGUCGGUUAAGCACUCAGGAAGCGCUUGACGCUCUCGAUAACGAGUCGAUAUUCGAGAAUAACGGAAGCCCAUCUUAUGACAUCCCAGAGACGGAGGCUAUCUCAACAAAGGACCCGCGCAUGCUAGAGGUCUCGGAGCAUGACAUCCAUGAAGACGCGCCGACCAACGGUGACGUGGCCGCAGCUGUUCCAGCAGCACCCGACUAUGGAGAUGCCGACAAAGAAAAUCAGGUCUCGAGCCCCGUCACUGCAAAGCCUGUCCGGGAUACUGCUGAACCCAAAGGGACACCAAAGAGGAAGAUCCACGCUUCAAGCCAUUUCGUCCACAACGAAGCUAAAAGCCCGGCGAAGAAGACGGGAGCAGACAAUGACCAGAAUCCGCCGAAGAGACGCGGUCGGGCUAACAAUCGGGCCAACAGGUCGUCUCUGUCUGGUGAUAACAGUGUUGUCAGCGAUGAUGUCUCCGAAAAGUCGGACAAGAAGAAGCGGAACCAGCCGUCCAGCAAAGUAGCUACGGCAAAACCUGCCCACACAGCCACCAAAGCUGGCAAACAGCCUCGCCAUGCUCGGAGAACGCCAAGUUUGGACAGUCCUGGGGAGCAGCUUGUUCAGUCCCUGCAAGAGUCGGCACAGAAGUUUAGAGAACCGGCGCCGAUUCACUCAAAGCCAGCGGAGAUACAGGCCAAAACCCUGGCAAAGAAGUCAGCUCCGAGAAGCAAAAAGACAGGGGCGUCUUCGGAGACUACGCCUCGGCAGCGGAAGGCGCAUGAGGACAAAAAGACUUCAGAAGUUGGUCAAAAUGCCCUGACAAAGGCAGCAACCCCGGACAUCGUCGUGAAUCACACGGGAGAGGAUACUGCACGGUCAAACCCACCCCCACAAUUGCUUCCACACUGGGGCUCUGGCCCAGCCAGGCUAAACAAGCAAUCAUCGAUCGAGCAAGACCAUGCGAAGUCAUUGAGCGCAGACAGAUCUUCUGACCCAAGGAAAAGUCCUUCCGUUGCGAUCGGAUUGACUGAAGAGGAGAUCAUGAUCAUGAAAAGCCGCGAAGGCAUGACAAAGGAGCAAUAUGAAGCUGAAAAGAAGCGAAAACAAGCUGAAGCCAAAAAGCAAGCGGAAGAGCAGAAAAAGAAAUCAGCUGGUGUCCCGCGGAGGGAGAGCACAAGCCGGCCGCCAAAUAUCAGCACAGCGUCUGCGAAGGGAAACGGCAGCAAAAUUCUUCCUCCAGAAGCCACGGCAAAGUCUUGUUCGGUUGACACGACAAACAAGACGGCCGGCGAGGUUGCUUUAGAGCGUGAGAAGCCAAAGCCGCCUAAGUCUGCAACAUCGAACCAUGAGACAUCAGUGGCCGGUUCCUCCCAAUCAAGAAAGUCGGAUACGGUUGUUGCCCCGAUUACACCUGCAGCAAAAACCGCCUCCAGAAAGCCACCUCCAGGAAGUCAGCUUGCCCACACUGCGCAACCAAGAUCAGCGACCUCAGCAUCAAGUACAACCACUAAAACAUCCAAGCCUGCGCCGUCCACAAAAGCACAUCCAAACUCUGGGAGAGCACCAGCAUCCAACGUAGGAGCCAAGGACGAGACUCAAACUCCAUUCAAAUCAAGACCAGCUCUAACUUCUGUGCGUGACGCAGCACCAACGAUUGCGAAUGCGAAAAGCCUCACAGACCUACGUGCAGCACUUCGCAAAGCAGAUCACGCAGUCAAUGGUACGGGAAGAACAACAUCAACUUCUCUCUCACGUGCGUCUUCUAGACCAGCACUCAAUCGGUCGGCACUGCAUGCGUCCGACGAUGAUGAGUGCGAGUCCGAAUCAGAGAGUGAAAGUGAAAGUGAAAGCGACGGUGACAAGGGCAAACCUGCGGCGAGUACUAAGGUCGUACCAUCGUCUGCCCACUCAACUCUAUCUGACAACAACGCGCACAAGCAGACGCCGCAGGCACGAGUCAAUGGAAGUGCUGUCAGAAACCCAUUCGGACAGCCUGACCCUAGUAUUCGUGACAAGAGCGUGGAUUCCGAUGAAGGUUCAGAGGAUGAUGACGACGACGACGAGGAUGAUGAUCUGUAGAGUGGAUCGAACAACAAUCGACGUACACCCAUAUCCAAUCCUCCCAAGGAAAUGCUGCUCUGUAAGUGGCAAGGAUGCGGCGAGCAACAACUCUAUCCCGAGGAUCUCUACAAGCACGUGAAGGAGGAUCACGUUGGUUCGGACCGGACGAAUUCGCUCAAUCUCACCUGCGCCUGGGACCGAUGCCGCGCUUCCACCAGCCGACGGGACCACAUGAUUGACCACAUCCGCGCACAUCUUCCUUGGAGACCUUUCUCUUGUCCGCAAUGUGCAUGGGCCUUCAAGCGCUCCGAUGUAUUGAAACAGCAUAUUAGAACGAUACAUUCCCUCGAUUAGGCUCCGCAAGCGGUGAAGUCAUGCGAGCUUCCAAGGCGGGCACAGAUGAAGGACAGAGCAUUUAGAAACGAAGGUCAGCUUUUCAACUUUGGGCGACAGUGGCGGACGACGCGACUUUUCCGGGUCGGCUAGGGCUGGUGGCCAGUAUGGGCUGGGCUGGGCUGGACCUGGCAAUGGGAUGAGUACCAGGUAGUAUUUUGGAUGGAUUAAAGUGGGAAUGGAUCAGACAUCACAAAAGCCGGACAAUCAGCUUGGGGAUAUUUGCACGGCAUGACAGUCGGUUAGAUUGGACGGAUAUUGUACGAGAGUGUCCUAAUAUCACAUUAAUGUGACCAAAUGUUGAAACCAACGUCUGGAAUGAUGGCUUCUCUAUCUUCCGUCUCAUUUCAUGUUUAUCUGUGCUUUUCUC